ACACCACGAAUGCCCUUCUGAAGCAACUCGUGUACAUUGGACUCGGCAACUUCACUGCAGCGGGCCUCCACGCCCUUAGACCCAGCAUCAACGUGGUCAGCGACUGAGCCGGCUCUGAGGAUCCAAAUGAUCGCAUACGCAAGCUUGUCCAUGAGUUUGCUAGCAGCAUUCGGGGCCGUAUUAGGCAAGCAAUGGCUUGGCUACUACAAAUCGAAUAGAUAUGGCCGUGGCUCACAGGAGGAACGAGGGAAGCGCAGGCAAGAGAAGUUUGACGGCCUCAUCACUUGGUAUUUCGACGCUGUCGUGCAGUCAUUUCCCGUCUUGUUUCAGAUCUCCCUUCUUCUGUUUGGGAUCGCCCUCAGCGCCCACAUGUGGUGCGAGCAGCCCAGCAUCGCUUGGGUGAUCAUUGCCACGACGGUCUUCGGAUUUCUGUUAUAUUCGCUGACAGUGAUGGCAUGUUUGAUAUCUCCCGCCUGUCCAUUCCAGACGCCGAUGUCGACGGUGUUGCGCAUGUUGGGCAUGCACAGUAAGAUCAUUUCGUGAAUUCUCGUGGUCGUUUCCAGUCUGAAUCAGUAUUGCAGGAGUUAUCCUCCUGGUCUUUGAACCAGCCUACAGGUAUUUCCAGCAGCUCAAUACAUCAGCGCACGCUGUAGUGCAACGAAUAUUUGGUACCCUCAGACCGAGA